CUUGAGAAGGCUCUCACUGCUCAGUUCGGACUCCGGAGCAUGGAUUCGAAUCAAACCCACACAGAGGGAAUGGCGCAGCGGCAGCGGCGGCGGUGGCGGGAGAGGCAGCACCUGGCGCGCCUCUGCGAUCUCGUCGCCGACUCCCUCCUCCCCUACCUGGAACCCGAACCGCCGGGGACUCGGCGGCCAGAGCUCUUGAGAGAGGAAGAGCGAUGCGUGCUCCUGAUGCUCGCCCGGGUAAACAAGGCAAUUCGAGGAUGGGACGAGGAGGAGGAGGUGGUGGACGAUGGGGAUGCAUCGGAUGAGAUUGUCUCCUGUUCGGGAGAAGCUCACAGUUGCAGUUUGCCACCAGACCACCACUUUGAUGAUGGGUUUAGCUGCCUGGCCAAUAUAACCUCCAUAUUGGUUGGGUUACAUCAUUUCUGUAGUGACUAUAUUAAGCACUCAGCUGGGAAUAUCUUGAUGGCCAUCUCUAAUUCCCUAAUGAAGUUUGAAGCUGUUUGGAUUCAGUUUGUUGAGCUUGUCUGGGCAGCUAUACAUACAGUAUCCGCUCAUAAUCAUUCUACAAUUGAUGCCACCAAUUGUUCUGGAAAAGUCUCUACUUGUUGUUCCUCUGCUGUGGAAAGCAUAAGUCAAAGCACUAUGACUAGUAGCACCAGUAUUAAAAUCUUUAUGGUAGUACUUAAACUACGAUGUGUCAGUAUCAGUAGGCUGAUAAUGACUAGCCUCUUUCGAGUACUACACACUAUUUUGAAGUUUCUGAAACUCAGUGACUCUGAAUUGAAAGAUGACUUCAUAUGCCUGUCCAUUCAUCAUAUUCAGAAGUUACGUUGGCAUCCUGGUAACCAACUCAUUGCCGGGAAAGUUGUAAGCCUUGUCAAGGAUGACCGAGAUAGUUUUAGUAGAGAUUAUGCACAGUUUGGAUUUGUGUCAGGCAGUCUCCUCCAGCUCGUGUGCUCUUUAGUUGAGCAAAGUGACAUGGAAGACACGGGCCGACGAGAUAUAUUUGUGAAGCUUGUAGAUGUCAUUCCUAGAUUAGUGACUUUCUUACAAGAGCAACAGGAUAUCCCGAAAGGUCUCUCUCAGUAUUAUAAGCACAAAAUUCUGAUGCUAAUGAUGAGACUUAAGCCUCACAUGCAGCAGAAUUGCUCACAUAUUAUUUGUUUGCUGAAAUUACUCCGAGACCACUUCCAGAAUCUUCUUCACGAACCUAUGUCCCGACAUAUCAGUAAACUGGAGAACUGCUUAGAAGGAUCCCCAUUUUUGGGUGAGAUUCAGGAUAAAUCUACUCGACACUUACAAAGGCAGGCUAUGUGUUUGUUCCUUAGCUGCUGUAUAUUCUUGGCUUGCAGUGGAAAUGAUAGUAGACAGAAAUGUUCAUCUAAGAAAGAUGAAUUCGGUCAUGAAGUGCAAGGCUGCAUUGAUCAUUGCAACUAUUUUGGCCUAGCAGAAAUCUCAGACUGGUUUCAGAGAUGUUGGUUAGACAAGAUUUUGGACUCGAAAUCAUCGACAGACAUUGUUCUAUGCUUUCUGCAGUUAUAUAUGGAGGAGGACGAUAUAUUAUUUAUUGUUCUCUUACAGCUUUUGGAUGCUCCACUUAUUUCGUUGGCAAUAGAUAACAUGGAAAGUAAAUGUACUUCUGAACUGAUUGGUGCCAAACUGUUCUCCAUCAUUUUUGACCCAGUUCAUACUUUCCACGCAUUGCUUUCAUUGUUGAGCUAUGAUCACUUGGUGCUUGUUGAUUAUCUCAUAUCAAAAGAUGUAGGUGUGCAUUGUGCCCAGUAUCUAUUACGGUGCUUACGACUGGUGUCCCAGUGCUGGAAUGCUUUUAUUGAUGAUUCAGUUUACGAGGCGCAAAUACAAAAACUCACUUAUAAGAGGCAAAGAACCUUGAAAAACACUAAGUUAGGUUUCUCUCGUGACAAGGGAAGUAAUAGCGAAAAAGAGCUCUUCUUAAGUGCUAAAGUAUGUCUCCUUUCGUUAAAGAGAACAUUGGAAGAUCUUCAUCAGAAGGAUUUAUUCCCUUACAACCCAAAGCCUCUCCUUAAAAGCUUGGCCAGAUUUGAGGAGCUCUGUGAGCAGUGCUGUAACAAUUAAUUUGUGCCUGGUGACACAAUACUUUCUGUGGUUCAAUAUUUGGUAAUCAUAUACUGUAAUUUUCCUUGCUGGUUACAUUGUGUAUAUAUUGGAUUAUUGGUUCAUGGAAUACAUUGUGUUUAUGAUA